GGGUUUCAUCCCCACUUAUCUUGCUCAUAUAAAGUUACGCAAACACUUGUCUGGCCGUUCUUUCUCUGUCUCCGUUCUAUCCAAAAGGAGAGAAUAGUAGCUGAGGAAGUGCCAAAAUGAGUAAGCUCCAGAGUGAAGCCGUGAAAGAGGCGAUAUCAACCAUUAUCACUCACUGCAAGGAGACGAAGCCUCGCAAGUUCACCGAGACUAUCGAGCUCCAGAUUGGUCUCAAGAACUAUGACCCUCAAAAGGACAAGAGGUUUAGCGGUUCCGUUAAGUUGCCUCACAUUCCUAGGCCCAAGAUGAAGAUUUGCAUGCUCGGUGACGCCCAGCACGUUGAAGAGGCUGAGAAGAUUGGGUUAGAGUCUAUGGAUGUGGAAGCUCUUAAGAAGCUGAACAAGAACAAGAAGCUUGUCAAGAAGCUAGCUAAGAAGUUCCAUGCUUUCCUUGCUUCUGAAUCUGUCAUCAAGCAGAUUCCCCGUCUUCUUGGUCCUGGUCUCAACAAGGCAGGAAAGUUCCCAACUCUUGUUAGCCACCAAGAGUCUUUGGAGUCCAAAGUGAAUGAGACAAAGGCAACAGUGAAGUUCCAGCUCAAGAAGGUUCUUUGCAUGGGUGUCGCCGUUGGGAAUCUCGGCAUGGAAGAGAAGCAGAUCUUCCAGAAUGUUCAGAUGAGCGUCAACUUCCUUGUUUCCCUCUUGAAGAAAAACUGGCAAAACGUUAGGUGCUUGUACUUGAAGAGCACAAUGAGUCCACCCACCCGUGUUUUCUAAGAUUAUUUUAUCUCAAAGUUUCUCUCAAGGUGUCAUCUGGCCGAGAGGAGAUUUCAUUUUCAUUUCUGUCAUGAUUAAGAUUUUGUUUAAAGACGGAGUUAUUUAUAAUAUUCCGAUUACUCUUGGUGAA